AUGAGCUUGAAAGAAGUAUUCGAACAACAUCCAUGGAGGUCAUUUAAGAAGUUCAAUGAAGCUGCAAAGAGUUGGGGAUUUACUAACAGAGCUGAAGUGAAAAGGUUCUUUGACAAAAAUGUUGUACAUCAAACAAAAAUAAACCCUUACGACUACUUUUUACCAAUUUACUCCAACGCUCCUGACGCAUACCAAUUUGACACUCUCAUUCAAAGCAGAAAAGGAGGACAUAAACCAUUCCUCAUCUUCAUUAAUGUUAACACUCGUAAAGCAUAUGCAUAUCCAAUGAAAAAUAAAGGAACUCGUGAAGUGUCAAGAGUUUUACAAAAGUUUGUAGCAGAACAUAGCCCAAGUACUUUAACAUCAGACCAAGACAGUGCAUACCUCAGCAAUGAAAUCACAGAUUUUCUCAUUAAGCAUAACAUAACUCACUACACUACUGAAGACCAUAACCAUAACAUACUCGGCAUCAUAAACCGCUUCAUAAGAACGCUCAGAGAUUUAAACCAAGAGCGAGACUUUACCGAAGAAACAAUGAAACAUUUUCUCGAAGUAUAUAAUUCCUCAACACAUUCUACAACAGGGCAUACACCAAAUUCAAUGACACAACAACAAGAAGAAAAGUAUAUAUAA